UUCACCAACUUUUUUUUUCUAUUUUUCAUAAUUUUAAUAUGUAAACCGACCACCCAUCCUCCAUAUUUAUAAGUACACGUGAUUCAUCCGCAUAAUUUUGUUCCCUAUCUUUUAAAAAACCAUGGAGUUUCAGUUUCAGCCAAAGCUCAACCAUCUUUUAUGCUUAUUCAUCCUUAUCCUUUCAUCUGUCCACGCUCAAGCUACUAGCUUCAGAUACUGCGCUGAUGUAAACUAUGCUGUGAAGGUAUCUGGAAUUCAAAUUACUCCAGACCCUGUUGUGCGUUCUAGGCCUGCCACCUUUAAGAUUUCAGCUGCCACUGGUGAAACUAUUUAUGGAGGAAAGUGGCUAACUACAGUUGCAUACUUCGGCUUUGUUGUCCACACAGAAAUCCAUGAUUUUUGUGAGGAAAUAUCAUGUCCUGUUGCUACUGGCAGUUUUGUGGCUUCUCACACCCAAAAAUUGCCUGCAUUUGCCCCACCGGGCACCUACACCGUGGAGAUGACACUAAAAAAUGAGAAGAACGAGCCAUUAACUUGCAUCUCCUUUAAAUUCAAAAUCGUUUUUGGAUCUUUUGUGCCUGAUAUCUGAAGAUGGCCAUCGCUCCAACGGUAGAGGUUGCUACUUUGACAUUGUUGUAAACAAUAUCUAGUAAAAAAAAGAAAAACACAAUGACUUCAAGAAGCAUGGUCAUUAUUGUAGAGUGUAGACCAACAAAAAAAAUAAAAUGAAGAAACACAGUUUUUCUUAUGAGAUAUAAAGAUGCAUGGAAUUAGAAUUCCACCAUUAGAUUUCCCUCCUUUUUUAGAGUCGAAGGCAAACGAUAAGGGUGGCCCAAACUACUGGCUUUCUGUUUAGAAUCGAAUUUGGUGAAUUCUAAAUACUUGAGCAUGAGGUAGCUCUAUCAACAUUUGGAGGCAUGCUAGUGAUUUAUAGAAAUCUUUGAUAUGAA